AUGGCCCCCCUUGUGCCAUCGCACGAGGAACUUGAACGCCGACGGAUCGUCGACAUCAACGCCGAGACCGUCACCAACAUCCCCUCCACAGACUUCCCAGGGCAUUGGCCAGGCGAGUCCCACGAAUGGAACGUUGAUAGAUUUAGAGAUGGCUUCCGGGUCGAGUUCCACCAAAACAAGCAGCUCGAGUCAUCUUUUUCCUUGAUCGGUCUCGAUGCCGCUAUCGCAAACGCAUUCCGUCGCAUUGUCGUGGCCGAAGUCCCUACGCUCGCGAUUGAAUAUGUAUUUGUUCGCAACAACACUUCCGUCAUCCAAGAUGAGGUGCUUGCUCAACGCUUAGGUCUUAUACCGCUCAAAGGCGACGUCGAGGGCCUCAACUGGAUGCACUGGUUCAUCAAGCCCAGCGAGGACGACUCGGUAACCGCUAGCGAACCCGCAGACUUCAACACAAUUGUACUACAACUUAAGGUAGAAUGUACCAAGAACCCAAAUGCGUCGCGUGAAGAGCAAGACCCUCGCAAGCUGUACAAGAACGCACAUGUCUACGCCAAGGAUAUAUUCUACAACCCGGUCGGUCGCCAACUUGAAAUUUUUGUCGGCGAUGGUGCUAUCCAACCUGUCAACCCCGACAUUCUCAUUGCUAAGCUUCGUCCGGGCCAGAAAAUAGAUUUGGAAAUGCACUGCAUCAAGGGAAUCGGGGCAGACCACGCCAAGUUCUCGCCGGUAGCAACGGCAACCUACCGUCUAAUGCCGGAUAUCAAGAUUCUCCGUCCGAUCAUCGGAGAGGAUGCGAAGAAAUUCGCAAAAUGUUUCCCCAAGGGAGUUAUCGGCCUCGAGCCUAUCACAUCCGAGGAUGAGCGGCAGAAUACCGAAUACACUGGUCACAGCGGCGAGCUGAAGGCAGUUGUCCGUGACGCCUUCAAUGACACGGUUAGCAGGGAAUGUUUGAGGCACGAGGAGUUCCAAGGGAAAGUCAAGUUGGGCCGGGUCCGGGACCAUUUUAUCUUCAACAUUGAAAGCACGGGACAGUUUGACAGUGACGUCCUUUUCCUAGAGAGCGUCAAGGUACUGAAACUCAAAUGCGCAAGGUGGAAGAGGGGCCUGACGGACCUCAUGCGGUAA